AUUCAAAGCUUUCAGCUGUAGAGCACAGAUGAUAAACGGUAAUCCGUCAAUUUUGACAAACAAAAAUGGUUUAUUGAUUUGUGAAUUUAAAACAAACAAAGUGCUGAAAUAAUUUAAAUAAGUUUUCAGCGUGUAAAUUAAGAGUGAAAGGUUACAAGAACUGACUUCAUGACACUGUCCGUCGCCCUGGCGAAAAUGAUAUCAGAACAGCUAAGGAACCCAAACGAUCUGGACAUCAACCUGAGAAUGGAAUUUGGUCCAUUUGAGACGGUGCACAAGUGGAAACGGAUGUCAGAGUGCUAUGAGUUUGUAGGUGCCAGGCGAAGCAAACACACAGCUGUAGCAUACAAAGACGCCAUCUAUGUAUUUGGGGGUGACAACGGCAAGUCAAUGUUAAAUGACCUGAUCAGAUUUGACAUCAGAGAGAAGUCCUGGACUAAAACUGGCUGCAUGGGAGUCCCACCCGCACCAAGAUACCAUCAUUCAGCAGUGGUGCAUCGUUCCUCAAUGUUCGUGUUCGGCGGCUACACAGGCGACAUCCUCGCCAACUCGAACCUCACCAAUAAGAACGAUCUGUUUGAAUACAAGUUCACGAGCGCUCAGUGGGUGCAGUGGAGAUUCACAGGGCAGGAGCCAGUACCCCGGUCAGCUCACGGUGCAGCGGUGUACGAUGACAAGCUGUGGAUAUUCGCCGGGUACGAUGGUAACGCGCGCCUGAACGAUAUGUGGACUAUCAAUUUGAAGGGCGAGACCCACCAGUGGGAGCACGUCGAACAGAAAGGCCAAUGCCCUCCGACCUGCUGCAACUUCCCCGUCGCCGUCGCCGGCGGCAAGAUGUUCGUGUUCAGCGGACAGAGUGGCGCCAAGAUCACUAACGCCCUCUUCCAAUUUGAUUUUGAAACUCACACCUGGUCCCGCGUGUGUACGGAGCACUUGCUCCGUAGCGCGGGCGGCGCGCCGGCGCGGCGCUACGGACACGUCAUGGUGGCGCAUCGCUCACAUCUGUACGUGUUCGGGGGGGCCGCGGAUAAUACUCUGCCUAAUGAUCUGCAUUGCUACGACCUGGAUACGCAGAUAUGGUCUGUGAUCCAACCGGCAGCAGACUCUCAGAUUCCGUCGGGCCGGUUGUUCCACGCCGGAGCCGUGGUCGGCGACGCCCUCUACAUCUUCGGAGGAACUGUUGAUAAUAAUGUUCGGAGUGGAGAGCUGUUCAGGUUCCAGCUAUCAAACUACCCCCGCUGCACUCUCCACGAGGACUUCGGUCGCAUCCUCAAGUCGCACCAGUUCUGUGACGUGCAGCUGCUGGUGGGGCCCGACCAGACCGUCGUGCUCGCUCACCAGGCCAUCCUGGCUGCCAGGUCUCCGUACCUUAGAGCUAAGAUCAAGGAAGCUCGUGAAGAACUAAACCAGCGCAUAGCGGCCGGUGAAGAAGAGGCGUCUGAGGUGUACUCGUACAAGUCACCGCCGCAACUCAAAGUGCUGCUGCCUGAGGCCACUCCUGAGGCCUUCAACAUGGUGCUCAACUAUAUCUACACGGACAGGAUCGAUCCAACUGAGAAAGACGAGGACCCGGCGUCCCCGGGCACGGUGCUGCUGGUGCUGCAGGUGCUGCGCCUGGCGCUGCGCCUGUGCGUGCCGCGCCUGCGCGGGCUGUGCGCGCGCUUCCUGCGCCACCAGCUGGGCUACGGGAACGUGCUGCAGGCGCUGCAGGCCGCGCACCACGCGCGCCUCGCCUGCAUCAAGGAGGACUGUCUCAGGUUUGUAGUCAAAGACUACAACUUCACACCAAUAGUGAUGUCCCGCGAGUUCGAGGAGAUGGAACAGAGUCUGAUGGUGGAGGUGAUCCGCCGCCGCCAGCAGCCGCCGCCCAAACAGCUCGCUGCCAACGCACAGCAUGAGUGCGACGAGGAGAUCGUUGGCUCGACCCUGGAGCAGGACCUGUGCGGCCUGCUGGACGGCUGCGAGCUGGCGGACGUGCGGCUGCGCGUGGCGGGGGCCAGCCGCCCCGCACACCGCUCCGUGCUGGCCGCCAGGGCUGCCUACUUCGAGGCCAUGUUCAGGUCCUUCUCGCCGCAUGAUAAUAUUGUUAAUAUUCAGAUCUGCGACACAGUGCCCUCGGAGGAGGCGUUCGACUCCCUCCUCCGAUACAUCUACUACGGCGACACCAACAUGCCUACUGAGGACUCGCUAUAUCUCUUCCAGGCGCCUAUUUAUUACGGCUUCACAAACAACCGUCUCCAAGUAUUCUGCAAGCACAACCUACAGAGCAACGUGUCCCCCGAGAACGUACUCGCGAUCCUGCAGGCGGCAGACCGCAUGCGAGCCACUGACAUCAAGGAGUACGCGCUCAAGAUGAUCGUACACCACUUUGGACUAGUGGCGAGACAGGAAGCGAUCAAGAACUUGGCUCAACCUCUCCUGGUGGACAUAAUCUGGGCGCUAGCUGAGGAGCCUCACUUCGACUCCCCGCUGCCGCUGGCGCCGCGCUGCCUGCCCGCCUCCGCGUCCGCUGACGCCAUCGCCGACGAUACAGACGCCACGCGGUACAGGUGCGGCAAGUCUUAAAACUGGUUGCAAGCUGUUCAUAACGUGCUUGUAUGUCAAGGUAUAAUUGUUUUCGAUAUUAUGUUGACUUUCAAGGCUAUGAUUUUUGAUCACUUGUUCUCAUUGUCGAGUUUACUUACUUUGUUUCUAUUGCCUUCAGCCCAUAAACAAAUUUUAGUUUAAUUACCUACAGUCAAUGACAGAUUCAUAGUUCUAUGUAGAAUAUUGGUGCUAACAUGAUUUAUUUGUCGAAAGUACUUAGUGCAAAAGACAUCUGAGUUAGCCGAAAAAAAAAAAUAUUGAUUUCAGAAACGAGUUCAUUUGCUAUUGUUCUUGCAAAUAGACCGCGAUAGCACAUGUUUUUCUAUUUCUAGUUAUAAUUCAGGGCAAUAAGAUCUGUAUUACUUUAAUUAUAAUUAAUUAUUUUUAGGAUUACGUGUAGUACUUUUCUGCUAAGAUGAUUAUUGCCUAAAUUAUUAAAUAUUACUACUAUGGGGCUGUCACAAUAAUGAUUAGCCCAUGAAUAGCCAUAGCUGAACACACAUUUAUAAUGAAUGGCGGAUAUUUUUCAACUACUAGGGAAUAAUAUUGAUUUCUAAAACAUCCAACUAUCUUAGAUGUACUAAGUAAUAUUAUGAUCGAAAAUAAUAUUUAAGUAUAUUAAAAGUAGUUAUAUUUACAUAAUCUUAAAAUAGCCGUUGAUUUUGUAUGUAUGUCCUAUACUUACCUGUAUUUUGUAUUAUGUCAAAUUCCUAAAGGCUUAUUUAGACGAUGUGAGAAAGGACGUGCGUGUUUCUAUUGCAUAUGCGCUGCUUGGUUAUAAGAGAGACUUAUCGGCUUCUUUUUUCGUACAGUAUAUGUACAACCUGGUGUCAGAGCUUAAGCCACUUGUUUUGACUUAGCACAGCCAAGAAAAAGUCUCAGUUUCUUUCACCGGUUUGUAAAAUUAUAUUUACUUUGUUAGCCUUGAAAUCGAAAAUACAUUGGUGCGUACUGUGAUUUGCACCUACGAUCUUUGACUUGGCAGUCAACGGUCAUACCAUUAGACUAGGUACUAGACACUACAUUAAACAGAUUAGACUAUCACUCCUAUAAGUGAUAGUCCUAUGUAAUGCAACUCGUACGAUAUUUCUCACAUCGUCUAAAUGUGCUUUAAAUUGUGAUAUGCGUGUAAUGAGUCUGACUGAUAAAAAUAAUGUAGGUUUAAAGUCGGUUUCGUUUUAAACAAUAACAAAGACGAGUGACUGAUUUGGAUACUCCUUAAACUAAGGUAUAUCUGGGUGAUUCUCUCAAAAAAUAAUUGCCCGUACCAAAUGGUUAAAGUAAGCGUAGUUCUUGAAUGUUUUUAUUCUUAUGUUGUCAAUUGAUAUCCAGAGUACUACAUAAGAGUGAUUAAAAUCAUUCAGCAAUAUAAUCAUUAUGAAAUCAUUCAGCAAUACGUGAACGGAGCUGAAUAAGUCCGUCUGUCCGUAUGUAGUCCCUUACAGAGUGGUGGAGGGUUAUGACAUCAUUGAAUUAUUUUUUUCGGAGAAUUAUAAUCUGUUUAAAUUUGUUAAAAUAUAAUGUCAAGUAUCUUUCCUUGAUUGCAUCAACAAGUGUUGUGAAAUCCAGCUUUUUAGUAAAAACAAUUUAAUCUAAUUUAGUAAUGUAAAAAUGACGCUGAAGAAAACAGAUAAUUUAGGGUGUUUAAAAAACUAUUCUUGUAUAGGCCAAAAUAAUAACCAAACAUAAUUUUCUAUUAAAAUGUAUGCAUUUAAUAGUGAUUAACUUUAAAAUUCAACUAAAUGUGUUUAUUUUGUAGAAGUUUACAAUAAGUAAAAGUUUCGUAAUAGUAUUAUAUUUCAGAUUAGAUUUUAGAAUGUAUUUUUAAAUGUUUAGAGUUUCCAAUAUCUAAUUGUUUGUUAAUAAGUAUAAAUGUAUGUGACUGAUAUCAAAUAUGACAUGUUAUAAAUAAAAUUAUAUAUUUAUUGAUUCAAUGUUAUCUAGUCAUUUUAAUGUUAAUAUUUUAAGUGAAUA